UUUCAAAGUGCGGUUUAAUACGAGGCGAGCUUUAAGCAAAACCCAGUGAAGCCCUUCCCUGUCACUGUAUCCUCAUGUGGUCGACGACUGCUGCUUGACCCGCAGGAAUCUGCUCGGCGCAACAGAAAAGCGCCUGAGUGGGAAGGGGAAGCAGAGCAGCUCGGAGCGCAGAGACGCGCGCCGCCUCAUCCAACCAGCGCCAGCCCCGACAAUCCCUGACACAGGGAGUUUAAACCGUUAGAGUGCCCGAGUCCGACCCAGCCACCGGUCCGUCCCGUCCCAUCCCUUCCCGGAGCGGAGCCGCCACUCGGACAUCCCGAUCCCCCCCCCCUCCCAAUGAACGCGGGGGAGAAGUUCUCCGCGCGUGGAACAGAGGAGUUCGCCAGCGCGUGGGAGCAGAGCGAACCCAUGUGGCGCUGAGGAGGUCACCGGCGAGGAUGUGUGCCAGUCAGCUGAACUUUGAUUCACUCUUCGGGGAGCACCUCCGAACUGUCUUUUCGCUUGCGCGCAUUUAGCCGAGAUCCAAAACUCUCCAUCCUCGGCUGCAGAAGUUGCCUCGGACCGAUGUUGAAUGAACCAGACUUUCAGCGCACCCUGACUGGAUUAGGCACCAGCUUCCAGCCGCUGCUAGAGAUGCCUGCUUGUUUCACGGGAAUUUACUUUCUACUGACUCUGCUGCGGAUUUGUUCAGGGUCUCGUCUCCGCCAGGAAGACUUCCCUCCUCGGAUUGUGGAGCACCCCUCUGAUCUUAUUGUGUCCAAAGGCGAGCCAGCCACCCUCAACUGUAAAGCAGAGGGCCGUCCACUUCCAACUGUGGAAUGGUACAAAGAUGGCGAGCGUGUUGAGACCGACCGUGACAACCCGCGCUCCCACCGUAUGCUGCUGCCCAGCGGAUCCCUCUUCUUCCUACGCAUCGUCCACGGACGACGGAGCAAGCCAGACGACGGCAGCUACGUCUGCGUGGCCCGAAACUAUCUGGGCCAGGCGAUCAGUCACAAUGCGUCCCUGGAAGUAGCAAUUUUGCGGGACGACUUCAGACAGAACCCCGUUGAUGUCAUGGUUGCCGUUGGCGAGCCUGCCGUGCUGGAGUGCCAAUCCCCCCGUGGACACCCUGAGCCCACAAUCUCUUGGAGGAGAGAUGGCGCCAACUUGGAUGACAGAGAUGAACGCAUCACAAUCCGGAGCGGCAAGCUUAUGAUCACCAACACCAGGAAGAGCGACGCGGGAAAGUACAUUUGCGUUGCCACCAACAUGGUGGGGGAGAGGGAGAGUGAGAUUGCCGUACUCACAGUGCUAGAGCGGCCAACCUUCGUGAAGCGCCCCAGCAAUGUGGUGCUCUUGGCAGAAGAGAGUGUGGAGUUCCACUGCGUUGUUCAAGGAGACCCCGUCCCCACCGUCCGCUGGAGGAAAGAUGAUUCUGACCUACCUAAGGGCAGAUUUGAAAUCCUGGAGGACCACACUCUGAUUGUUCGCCAAGUUGCCUCUUCAGAUGAGGGCUCCUAUACAUGUAUGGCAGAAAAUAUGGUUGGGAAGUCUGAAGCAUCUGCCACUCUCACUGUACACGUCAACACGGUGCCCCCCGCCUUUGCUAUACGCCCCAGGAACCAGGUGGUGUCAGUGGGCAGGACGGUCACCUUCCAGUGCGAAGCCACGGGCAACCCGCAGCCAGCCAUUUUCUGGCAGAGGGAGGGCAGUGAGAGUCUUCUGUUCUCCUACCAGCCACCGCAGCCCUUCAGCCGUCUAUCUGUCUCCCAAUUGGGCAGUUUAACCAUUACAGACGUUCAGCGCUCCGACGCCGGCUCCUACAUCUGCCAGGCUCUCAACAUAGCUGGCAGCAUCAUUACUAAAGCUUUGCUCGAAGUUACAGAUGGCGGCUCAGACCUCCCCCCUCCUGUCAUCAGGCAGGGUCCCGUCAAUCGGACCGUUCCUGUUGACAGCACGGUAGUGCUGGGUUGCCAAACUGUCGGCGCGCCGCCUCCCACUGUCCACUGGAAGAAGGACGGCACGGUGGUCUCUCCAGUGGACUCCCGGAUGUCCCUAACAGAAACGGGAUCGCUGAAGAUUCAUUAUGCCAAGCUGGGGGAUUCAGGGUUCUACACAUGUGUUGCUUCUAGCCCCAGUGGAGAGGCUUCCUGGACUGCAUAUCUUCAAGUAGAAGAAUUUGGCGUGGUCGUCCAGCCUGGUUAUCCAAAAGAUUCAAACCUGAUUCCUGCCGCUCCAUCUAAACCUGAAGUUUCUAACGUCAGCCGUACAUCUGUCACACUGUCAUGGAAGUCCAGCACCAGUCCCGGUGCACCACCUACGUCCUACUUAAUUGAAGCCUUCAGCUACACAUUAGGAAACAGAUGGGUGACCUUAGCAGAGCAUGUCAAGACAGAGUCCUAUGUAAUGACCAAUCUGAAGCCUGGAGCUGUUUAUCUCUUCAUGGUCAGAGCCAUGAAUGUUCAUGGCCUGAGUGAUCCCAGUCCAAUCUCUGACUCAGUCAGAACAGUAGACAGCUCCUCCACCAUGCAGGGGGUGGACCACCGUCACAUCCAGAGGGAACUGGGAGAUGUUGUGAUCCACCUGCACACGCCAUCAGUCCUGUCGUCUUCGGCUGUCAGGGUGCAGUGGAUGGUCGAACAGCAGUCCCCUUACAUCCAGGGCUACAAGGUGCUUUACAGGGUGUCCGCUGAGCACGGGCAGCCGGAAUCACAGUGGACCGUUCUGGAGGUGCGUGCCCUGCCGGAGGACGGGGCGGUGAUCAGUCAGCUGAAGAAAGGAUGCAUCUACGAGUUCAAAGUGCGACCUUUCUUUGACGAGUUCCAAGGAGCUGACAGUGAGGUGAAGGUGGUCAGGACAUUGGAAGAAGCACCGAGAAGAGCCCCCCAGAGUGUCACAGUCACAAAGAGCGAUGCCAAUGGGACCGCCAUCCUGGUCUCCUGGAAGCCACCUCCAGAGGCGGGAGAGGACGGAAUCAUUCAGGAAUACAAGAUCUGGUGUCUGGGUAAUGAGAGCCGCUACCAUGUGAAUCAGUCGGUGGAUGGCUCAACCUUCUCUGUGCUCAUUCCCAGCCUGGCUCCAGGAAUACGCUACAGUGUAGAGGUGGCAGCAAGCAACGGCGCCGGGCCUGGAGUCAAGAGUGAUGUAGCUUUUUUUCAAUUAGAUUCUGCAGGUCAGAUGAUGGACAUCAGUGACAAUAGAGGCACCUUAUCGCAGAUCUCGGAGGUGGUGAAGCAGCCGGCUUUUAUUGCAGGCAUUGGCGCCACCUGCUGGCUGAUCCUCAUGAUUUUCAGCGUGUGGCUCUACCGUCAUCGGAAGAAGAGGAGUGGCCUCAGCAGCACAUACACCGGCAUCCGGAAGGUCCCAUCUUUUACCUUUACACCUACAGUGGCAUAUCAAAGAGGAGACUCUGUUUGCGGAGCUGGCAGACCUGUUCCUCUCACCAUGGGCGAGCCUCUAAACCAGCUGUGGCUGCCAGACAACUGGCCAAACACAUGUGCCAAUCACAAGGACUGCAGCAUCAACUGCUGCAAUAAUUGCAACGGCACCAGCGACAGUAACAUGACAACAUACAGCCGACCAGCUGACUGCAUAGCCAAUUAUGGAAGCCAUCCAGAAAGCAAACAAGGGGGACAGCUUGGUUCUGAGACCCCCAUAUACAGCGACGUGAACCUCUCCAACAAGCUCACCGAGAUCAAAACAUUCAGCAACUCCAACUUUUCCUACGCAAGCCCAGGAGGAGAUCCGUCAGGCACGUACGAGCCCAUACCGUAUGCCACCACGCAGCUCAUCCAGGCCAACAUUAAGAACAAGGCGGCUGCGGCGGCCGGUGGAUGCGCCGCCGAGCCUCUGGACAUACCCUGCUGGAAACAGACGCCCAACCUGCCACCCAUACCUAAGGAGAUGGCAGCACUGAUGCAGCACAGCACGGCCGAGCAGAACGGCCACGAUCUGCAGGGAAGUGAGGGCAUGAUCCAGCCGAAAGCCGUACAGUACAACCAGGCCCGCGACCACAGCACCGGAGGCUCCCACCAGAGUUCGGACAGAGGCAGCAAUAGCACCUCAGGGAGUCAAAAUCAAAAGAAAGGAACGCGGGCCCAAAAGAUUCCCAAACACAAUGCAGUGAGUUGGGGGGACGCUUUGCCUGAUCCGCCUCAUCCGAACGCCUGGGACUGCGAUGAGUACAGUCUGCCCAUGGAGAGGAGCUUUGAUCCAGAGGAGAGAAUGGACAGCUGCCCCACUCCACCAGUUAGAGGAGUAGCCUCGUCUACUACUGAAGUGUCCGGUGGCCGCCCGCCCGCCACUCCAUCACAAAAAGACCUAAGCCAGGAGCUGCAGGAUGGAGCCGAGCACCUUGGCCACACCUACUUCUCGAUAGUGGACACAGAUGGGCCGGAGGAGCACGAGGAGGAGGUCGACAAGGAGUCAGAGGCCGAGCUGGCGGAACAUCUCUACAGCCAGUCCCAGCAUCACCUGAAGCACAAACACCAGCCGCACCACGUCUCACCUCACAAGCUGCUCCUGCGGGGUCUGGAGCAGACGCCGGCCUCCAGCACCGGGGACCUAGACAGAUCAGUCACGGGGUCCAUGGUCAACAGCUGGGGCUCGGCAUCGGAGGAUAACAUCUCGUCGGGCCGGUCCAGCGUCGUCAGCACCUCAGAGGGCUCUUUCUUCACAGAUGGCGAUUUCAACCAGGCAGUCGCCUCUUCAAGGGAUACUGUAGGCCUGCGCGUGUGCAGGUACCCAGAGGUGCCAGGUCGUCGGCACCAGCGAGCGAGCAGCCCCAUGUCAACGGACAGCAACAUGAGUCCUGCAAUAACACACAAGAGGCCCCGGCGCCACAAACCAAACCAGUCCGGGCCACAGGAGUACCAAUCCAAAGAUAUCUUCAGCGAUGACUCUUGCAUGCCGCUAAACUUCACAAGCCAGGCGUCCCACGGAGAGCACAAAGCGAGGGGGGCGACUCUACCGCGGAUGGGCUCUGGGCAGGGCCGGGGCAGGCGAGGCAGUGCCGGGACUCAAAGGGUCAAAGAUGGAGCGCCGGAGCAGAGUGAGGGUCAGGAGAUGGGCAAGGCUCCGCAGGGGAGUAAAGGAAACAACAAAAACCGACAGCAUUCAGAAUUAGGGGACAUACUUUUGUACAGUCGUCCGUCUUUCCCAUCGGGUCAGGCUCAGAGGGAGUCGGGCUGUAAUUCAUCAAACCUUCAGUCGUGCGGAGGCUCAAGGACCAAGCAGGGAGAGCAGGUCGCCCUGACAGAACAGGUGGAAGAGUUUCUAAAGACUUAAGAAGCAUUGGGAGCACAAGAGGAAUAUACCACGACUGUCUCCAAGGACUAUGGCUUUUAAAACAUGGACAUGAACUCUGAAAAUACUGCACAACUUCUUUUUUCUACUUUGAAUUUCUCAUUCGGUGUUUAAAAAAUGGCUCUCAUAUUAAACGGUGAACUUGUUUGUCUUUUUUUUUUUUUUUUUUUUUUUUGCUGUUGAUGACCAGCCUUUCAGGUCCCUGAACUGCUGGUUCCUCAGAAAAUAUAGUGAAUGCACAUGAUGGCGGAUGUGAGGGAGUGUUGCUCAAAGCGACUCGCCCGACGCGGCUCGUGUGAUGUCUGUUUGUUGGUCGUCUUGUUCUUUCUCUCUAACUAAACUACGGUCAUUACCAGCCAUCUUGUAAAUUGUUUACUGCCACAGAAGUGCUUCAGAAUUUUAUAUAAUAGUGUCAAUGUUUGUUUUUUUUGUUUUUUAAAGUGAUGUAUAUUUCGUCUCUGUUAUUUGUUCUACUUUGGUUACAAAAGCACAAUCACUUAAUUUUAUUUGAAUUCAGUGUUGAACAAAUUUUAGCCAGGAGGAAAUCAGCUCUCGGAGUCUUCAUCGUUUUUAUCACUUUAUGUCAGGCUGAGGAAAAAAAAAUGAUUUAAUAAUCGUGAUGUGCAUUGAGUUGUGUACUUUUAAGCUGCUUUCGUUCGAAAUUUGAGCUAUCUCUGUUGUGUGUACUGGGAGAAUUGCAUGCAGAUUCCAAACGAAGGACAUUUUUUUUUUCUAAACAUCUUCCGUGCUUUGCCCUUUAUUUGGGAUUAUAAAAAAAAAAAAAAAAAGAAGGGUCAUGGACUGGUUCCAUUUGUUGUUUCUCGGCGCCGAGUUCAUUAGAUACGUUUCUAGAUUCUCUUAGCUUCGGCAAACAAAUCGUCGUAGGGCCGGACAAUAAAUCACCACAUUACAAUGCAGAAAUGGCUCACAAACACAAACAUGCAUCUACACAUAAUUAAGCUGUGAAUUAUGGUGAAACAUUUGUUCAGUGAUGACAUUAAACGAAUACAUUCCUCUUACUUAGUCUUAAAUGUACUUACUCUGCCUUGCAGGAGUAUUCAUAGCCCUUGAACGUUUCCACACUCACUAACGUUGUCACAAUACCAGCCUCUAUGUGUCCUGUUGAAAUUCUUUAUGAGGGAUCAACACAAAGCAAAUAAUAAUUAAGAAGAGGAGGGAAAAGCAUAUUUCUUUUUUCAAAUAAAAUGUGGGUGAAGGUGGUAUUCGGCCUGUUUCAAAUGAGAAGCUUCCUUGUCCCUGCAGGAGAAAAUAACCCCCACUACCCUGUUUCACAGUAGUGGUGGGGGGAUUGGGGGGUGUUCAGGGUGAUGUGCAGGGUUAGUUAGCUGCCAGUUUGAUUGGCCUCUGAUUAAGGCUGUCCUCCUCCGUUCUGUCACUUAAGGUAGACAGUCAUGUUUUGGCAGGUUUGCCUCUGUGCGGCGCACUUUCUAUUCUCCGAUCGUGGUUUGAACGGUGCGCUGUGGCACAUCAAAGCUGGGCAUAUUUUAUCACCUAACUCUGCUUUAAACAUCCUCACAGCUUUCCCCUGUACCGUGUAAUGAGAUCUUCGCAGGACAGCCGUGUAAACACAUUGAAAUUAGCUGAUAGAAAAGCGAAUUCUGUUCACUAAACGGGGAACUUCUGAAAGCAUUUUUGUGGCAGUGCAUUUUAUUCAGGGGUGAAGGAUUUUAACCUGAAUUCAUGUUUCCCUGCACUGCUUUCUGUUGGUUUUGUCGCAUAAAAUCCCAGGAUUCGUGGUCGUACCGGGACAUCGCGUGGAAAAAGCUUGGUGGGAAUUUGUUGUUUAGCAAGACGGUGUGGCAGCAAGUAAGGCACAGGCGUGCUAAUAACAUCAUUUAGUUCAAGCUUUCAUAGAAACUAUGUAGCAAAACAAAAUGUUUUUUCGGUGAGCUGUGUGGAAAAGCUUAUGUUCAACAGGAGAUCUGAAAAGGACUUGCGUGAGAAAUCAAUAAAGUUUGCUUUUUUUAAAGCCUCCCGUGGCUCGCAAAGCAUUGUUUCAAAUUAGGAUCACAGGCUUUUUGGCAGCUGCUGAGGAUCUGACCUGAAAAAAAAAA